GCAGCUCAGCUUGGGCAGGCGACCGGAUCCCAGCGGGGCCCGGCCCAGACGCCAGACCCCUGAGACCUGGGGAAGCGGAGCCAGGUUGUUUGAUGCAGGCCUGAGCCCGCUGGAGUGUGGUUGAUGCCAGAAGUGCCCAUUCUGAGGGCGACCAGCCUCCCCUGGGAUGGACUUGAUUCAGCAAGGAUCAUCCCGGUCCCUCUUCUGCAAAAGACACUUGUCACACCCAGUGGGCCUGAGGCUGCCCUCAGCAGACACCCUGCCGCCGAAUGGAUGCCAGGCCCCCUCUGCGGUAAUGAAAUGGUCCGGUUGAGAAGGCAGUGGCCCAGGGUCCCCAAGCCCAAGAGCAGUGACUGCGGUGGCCAGAUGCUCUGUCAAGGAAGCAAGGGAAGAGAGGUCUCCAGGGAUUUCGCGGGCAGGACAGAGCUCUGACUUGGAACUGGAGGCUGCGUGGCUUUGCAGGGGCUUGCCCACCACCAGCGAUGCCCUGCCCUUGCUCUAGCUUGAGUCACCUUCUGUAAACAAGAUGGCGGUGGGGAGUCCCUGAGCCCAUGAAGGGUGAGGCCCCUUCCAUCCCAAAGAUGGGGAACAUCACUGCAGACAAUGCCUCGCUGAGCUGUACCAUUGACCACACCAUCCACCAGACGCUGGCCCCGGCAGUCUAUGUCACGGUGCUGGUAGUGGGCUUCCCGGCCAACUGUCUGUCCCUCUACUUCGGCUACCUGCAGAUCAAGGCCCGGAACGAGCUGGGCGUGUACCUGUGCAACCUGACCGUGGCGGACCUCUUCUAUAUCUGCUCGCUCCCCUUCUGGCUGCAGUACGUGCUGCAGCACGACCACUGGUCCCUUGGCGACCUGUCCUGCCAGGUGUGCGGCAUCCUGCUGUACGAGAACAUCUACAUCAGUGUGGGCUUCCUCUGCUGCAUCUCUAUCGACCGCUACUUGGCUGUGGCGCAUCCCUUCCGCUUCCACCAGUUUCGUACCCUGAAGGCAGCUGUGGGGGUCAGCGUGGUCAUCUGGGCCAAGGAGCUACUGAGUAGCAUCUUCUUUCUCAUGCACCAGGAGGUAAUUGAGGACAAGGACCGGCAUCGUGUCUGCUUUGAGCACUACCCCAUUAAGGCCUGGCAGCGCAGCAUCAACUAUUACCGCUUCCUGGUGGGGUUCCUUUUCCCCCUGUGCCUGCUGCUGGCCUCCUACCGGGGCAUCCUGCAGGCCGUGCGCCGGAGCCAUGGCACCCAGAAGAGCCGCAAGGACCAGAUCCAGCGGCUGGUGCUCAGCACUGUGGUCAUCUUCCUGGCCUGCUUCCUGCCGUACCACGUGCUGCUGCUGGUGCGCAGUGUCUGGGAGGCCAGCUGUGAUUUUGCAAAGAGUAUCUUCAAUGCCUAUCACUUCUCCCUGCUCCUCACCAGCUUCAACUGUGUCGCCGACCCUGUGUUGUAUUGCUUCGUCAGUGAGACCACACACAGGGACCUGGCACGCCUCCGCGGGGCCUGUCUGGCCUUGCUCACCUGUGCCAGGACCAGCCGGGCUCGGGAAGCCUACCCACUGGGUGCCCCCGAGGCCUCUGGGAAAAGUGGGGCCCAGGGUGAGGAGCCUGAAUUGCUAACUAAGCUCCACUCGGCCUUCCAGACCGCUAGCUCGCCUGGAGCAGGAGGGUCCCCCAUGGCCUAGCCAGGGUCACCCACAUGUGGGGAUAGGUAAGGCCUGAGCUUUCAGCCCACCAGUCUUGUGGUCCUGAGCUUGCACCUGGCUGCCUCCUGCUUUGACCUGACCUGGCAGGCGUCUCUUCUGCUGGAGGGAUGGAAGGACUGGCCGAAGACAGGCCUCUUUGGUCCCUGGAAGCCUGCUCCAGCUUGCCGAGGCUGGUGACACUGCCCAGGAUAGAAAGAUCCCUGUCAGCUCCUGGGCAUCCUUGGCUGCCAGCUGGGGCUGCUGCUGGGAGGGUGGCUGUGACUUGUCACUUCCAGGAAGUUUGUGAAGAGUAACUGGGGGUGGGAGCAUAGAGUUCAAGGACUCAGAGGCUGGGGAGUUGGGAGGUGGACUGGGGACCUGCGUGUUCACCUGCCACUGCCUGCAGUGUCACUGUUGUCACAGAUGACGCCUGUGCAAAUGUGUGGCCACUACCCUAUUCUGUGACAUGUGAAGCUGCAUUGUUGUUGUUGGCACUUGAAAGCCACAUCCGCAAUGGGGUGGGCAGGGAAGACUGGCUAGGAAGAAGGAAGGUGGAGGCAUUGCUGACCUUGGGGUAAAACAGAAACCCCGUCUCCAGCCAUACCAUGCUGUACAGGGAGAGGGGAGAAGAUCCCCCAGGUCAGAAGGCUAAUGGCAGACGAAGUCCUGGGGAGAGGCCUGAGCGACUUCCAACAGUCAGUUUGUCCUUAACUAAGUUCUUGACACAGUUCUGCUACUUAGCUUUCUGUUUCCAUCUGCCCCAAAGUGCCAGGCUGGGAGUCUGGAGUUUGGCAACACACACACACACACACACACACACACACACACACACACACACACAGUCGGGGGAGAAAAGGAAGAAAGAGGUUAAAAAUGCCAGGCUCCCCAUGACAGCUGUUUGCUAAGACACUGAGACAAGGGUCAUGUCUUUCCCAGUCCUUGCUACACACACCCUGAAGCAUUUCGCAUCUCAGAGAGGAUUGCAGCAUUGUGCCAGGGUUCUUGGAUGCACCCAGACCAACAAAGCCCAUGCAUGCAUCCUGGGAUCCUUAAGCUCACAGGUCGGGGCUUAAGCUCUGCUUUGUUUUAAAUAGGUCCUGUGACCAAGAGGCGAGGUGGCCUGGAACUCACCUCGCUCCUUUCCCACCCAGGGUGCUCUGCCCGAUGUCCCAGCUCACCUCCCUAGAGAUGGCAGUGGAUUAGUGGGUAUAUGAAGCCCAGGACUCAGGCCACCAACUGCAUCCUGUCCUGGAGGGUUAGGUAUAAGGCUCAUCUCUUGCAGCUUCAUGGCUGGCCACAAUUAGGUGUCCUUCCUACCCUUGGCAUGUGCAUAGGUUUCUCCUGUUCUGUUUUGCAGUAAAGCUUCCUGCUCCUAGGGUGCCACCCUCUCAGAGUUCUCUGGAGAGCAGAAGAGAGGCGCAUGGGUUC